AGAUAAACCAGCGAUAAAUUGUUCUAUAAGUUGGUGCGAAAAAAUAAAACUGGUCUAUGAAAUUGACAUUAAUUAUUCUGGCUCUUGUUGGACUUGCUGUCGCCGAUGUGUCACAUCUCGGUCGUCGUGUGCCUGAUUCAGCUACCCAAGGACCAAACCCUCAAGAUAUUGCUACUCCCGAACCAGAAUACAUUGAUAUCGAUCUUCCAGAGCCACCAAGACCAGCUCCAGUAGCUAUUCAAGCUCCAAUUGCAGCUCCAAUUAGUGCUCGUUAUAGCCAAAUUCCUGCACCAACUUAUCAUCAUGAACCUGCACCAGCUCAUAGCUUUACUCCAGGUGGUGGAUAUCGUUACAAGCGUCCUGUGACUUAUUACAGACGUACACAUCGAAUUCGUUAUUAAGUAAAAUCGACAA